CAGGAUCUGAAGCUUUCCUUUAGGCUUUCAUUUUCGUCCAUCAACUGGGGAUCAACGGAGAGGAUCAACACCCAGGGAGCAAAACAAAAGGAAGAGGAAGUGAUCCAGAGGAAGUUCGGGAUCGUCUCUGAAGCCCGAGAGACGUAAGAGGGAGAGGUGGCUGUCUGUUUCUUUCCUGGUGCCCUCCCUGCUUUGCCAAGGCGGGCGCCCAGCCCCUCUGCUGCCUUCUCCAGCCAAAGCCUCUCCAUUCUGCUCAUUUCAGCCAGACUUGGUUGCAACAGAAAGUUUGCAAAGAGCAGCGUCGGAGAAAAGGGAUCACACCAGCUGGAUCACCCGCUAAAAAUGAAGAUGAUUUCUCUUGGCUGGAUAUGCAUGCCUUUUACCCUUUUGGCCAUCUGUGUUGAUGGUGGAUCAGCCGCAAGUGCUUGCAAAAUCACAGAGGAGAAGGCAGACUGCAGCCAUUUAAAGCUGGUGCAAAUCCCCUCCGAUCUCCCCAGCAAUAUCACAGCUUUGGAUAUUUCUCACAACCAGCUCAGAACUCUGCCGCCUGCAAACCUAACCAAGUAUGGCCAGCUCAUCUACUUAGACGUAGGAUUCAACACCAUCUCUAAACUGCAGUCACCGCUGUGCUUGACUUUGCCUUUGUUAAAAGUUUUGAAUCUGGAACAUAAUCAGUUGCAUGCCUUUCCAGACAAAGCUUUUACCUCCUGUGACAAUCUGAGGGAGCUUAAUUUGGGAUCCAACAUACUGGAUGUAAAAAAUGAACCUUUCAAAUAUCUGAAGAAUUUGCAGUUCCUGGAUGUUUCUCAUAAUGGACUAAAGUCUAUAAAAUUGGGAUCUGAGCAACAGUUAGAGAGUCUACAAGAGCUUAUGGUAUCUCAGAAUAAAAUUACUGAAUUAAAGAAAGAAGACCUGUACUUUCUUAGUAAUUCUUCAUUAAACAAGCUGGACUUGUCAACAAACCCUCUAAAAGAGUUUUACUCAGACUGUUUCCGUGCUAUUGGAAAUAUAUAUGGUCUUGUCAUGAACAAUAUCCCACUGGGUCAAGAUGGUGUAACGAAACUUUCUUCAGAAUUGUCUGGAACAAGAAUUCAGAAUCUCUCAAUGAGGCAGGUGCAGCUUUCACGGAUUUCCAGCUCAACCUUCAGUGGAAUGCAUAAUACCAACCUCACCAUUUUAGAUCUCUCGGAUAAUGACUUAUCUGUGAUUGAAAAUGACUCUCUUGUCUAUUUUACACAGUUAGAGAAUUUGAAUCUAAUGAAUAAUAAUAUUACACAUCUGUUUCCUCACUCCUUAUACGGGCUCUCCAAUGUGAAUUAUUUAAAUUUGGAAAAUGCUCAUGUCAGAAAAAUUGACUCUGCUUUGCAAUGGCUGAAACAUUUAGAGGAUCUUAUAUUGGACAGUAAUAAAUUUCUAGAGAUUACCUCAAACACCUUUAAAGGUUUAGACAACUUAAAAAACUUGAGUUUAAGCCUGUGUAGUAUAAGCUCAGUAACAAGUACAACAUUUUCAUCACUUGCUAAUUCUUCACUGCAGUUUCUUAACCUUACAAAAAGUGGAAUCACUUCCAUCAAGUCUGGAGCCUUUUCAUGGCUCGGGCAACUGAAAUCUCUGGAUUUAGGGUUGAAUGGCAUCAGGCAAAAACUUACAGGCCAGGAAUUCCAAGGUCUUAAUAAGAUUGAGACUCUCUAUUUAUCUUACAAUUAUCAAGUGAAUUUGACCAGUGAAUCUUUCAGUGCCAUUCCUAGUCUUAGAACCCUAAGGCUGAGAAGGGUACGUUGCAGUAAUCUUAAAUUUUCUCCCUCGCCAUUCCGUAAGUUAAGUAAUUUGACAAUCCUGGAUGUUGCUAACAAUAAUAUUGCCAACAUGGGAGAUGAUGUUUUUGAUGGACUCCACCAGCUUGAAAUACUUGAUCUGCAGCAUAAUAAUUUGGCCCGAUUUUGGAAGCAUGCCAACCCGGGCGGCCCCGUUCUGUUCUUAAGAGGUCUUCAAAACCUACGCCUGCUGGAUCUAGAAUCAAACGGCUUUGAUGAGGUUCCAAAUGAGGCUUUUCACGGAUUACCUCUGUUAAGAAGCUUGAAUCUGAGAGACAACAUGUUUAACUUGCUUCCGGAGUUUGUGUUUGAUGAACUGACAUCGCUGAGCUUUUUGUCCCUUGAGAAGAACCUCAUCACAAGUGUGGAUGAACAAGUGUUCAGUAAGGUUUUCACACAUCUGAAAGAAGUAAAUAUAGGGCUCAACCCAUUUGAUUGCACUUGUGACAGUAUAGCUUGGUUUGUUCACUGGCUUAAUAGUAGCAAAGUAUAUGUUCCGGGGCUGAAUUCUUAUCGAUGUAACACUCCUCCUAAAUACCAUGGUAAAAUGGUAGCUGAGUUUGAUAUCUCACCAUGUGAUAGUGCCCCAUUUCUACUAUUCUUUACUGUGAGCAUAUCUAUACUACUGAUCUUCAUCUCGGUAGUCCUACUUAUCCACUUUCAAGGAUGGAGAAUAAAGUUUUUUUGGAGUGUGACUGUUAACCGAGUCCUUGGCCAAAGAGAAAUAGACAGGCCACAGCAGUGGUUUGAUUAUGAUGCCUACAUCAUUCAUUCCAGAAAGGAUAAGAAUUGGGUGUCUAAGAACUUUAUUCCUCUUGAAGAAAAUAAUGAACCAGUAAUUAGGUUUUGUUUAGAGGAGCGGGAUUUUGAAGCUGGAAUUUCUGAAUUUGAAGCCAUCGUUGAUAGCAUAAAAAGGAGCAGGAAGAUUAUAUUCGUUGUAACUGAGCAUCUCUUGAAAGAUCCCUGGUGCAGAAGGUUCAAAGUGCAUCAUGCCAUACAGCAAGCCAUUGAACAAAGUCGGGAUUCCAUCGUAUUAAUUUUUCGAGAUGAUAUUCCAGAUUACAAAUUGAAUCAUGCACUUUGUUUGAGAAGAGCAAUGUUCAAAUCUUGCUGUAUCUUGGAAUGGCCAGUUCAGAAAGACCACGUAAAUGCAUUUUACCAGCAGUUAAAAAUAGCACUUCAGACGAGCAGCAGGAUAUUAUGAUUUUAUUGUUAUUGUUAUUUAAAGGAUUAUAGCAAACUAUUUCACAUUUUUAAUUCUGUGGCUGAAAUACUAUAAAAACUAUAUGGUAUGAAAAGAUAAAUUGCAAUCAGUAUUCCAAGUUUUUAUUGCAGGUAUAAUGCUAAAAACAUAUUAAAAGGGAGGCUUAUAUAUCAGUAGAAGGUUCAGGGUGGGAGAAAGAACUCUUGUCUGUUGGAGGCAAGUGUGAAUGUUAUUAUUAAUCACUUUGAUUAGCAUUGAAACAGGGGAAUUCCAGACAUGAAACAAUCAUUGGUUUUUUUUUUUUACUAAUGCACAUCUGUAUAUUUUUGUACUUUCUAUUCAAAUGAAGUGUUGUAUAUUUGAAUCUAUAUUAAUCUCAAAGUGUAGGAUUUGGUUUGGAGGAAUGUAGACUUUUGCCACAACUGUAUAUGAAAUAUUAUGCAAAAUUAUGUAUGUAUGGGGAUAUGUCUAUUUGGAUGGUAUUGAACUUUUAAACGUAUGUAUUUUAGUGCUGUAAUUUUAAAAUACCAUUGGGGGGAAGAGCUAAAUAUAGCAAGCAUUUCUAAUUUUUGCAUAGGUGAAAGGUUACAAAGGGAAUUUUCAAAGUAAAAAUAAACUGUCUUGUUUACAGAGGAA